UGAGGAGGACUACAUUUCCCAAAAAGCCUGCAGUACCACGCGUGCACUCUCCGGAAGGAGUGUGAUACACGAGGUACUUGGGUUGAGAAGCACACAGUCUGAGUUACCCGUUCUGUGGUCAGCGCGAUGCCCAAGGCCAAGGGGAAGACCCGGAGGCAGAAGUUCGGUUACAAUGUUAACCGGAAGCGUCUGAACCGAAAUGCUCGACGGAAGGCAGCGCCGCGGAUCCAGUGCUCCCACAUCCGACAUGCCUGGGACCAGACCAAAUCGGUGCGGCAGAACCUGGCCGAGAUGGGUUUGGCUAUGGACCCCAACAGGGCGGUGCCUCUUAUUAAGAGAAAGGUAAAAGCCAUGGAGGUGGACAGAGAGGAGAGGCCUAAGGAGCUUGUGAGGAAGCCUUAUGUGCUCAAUGACCUAGAGGCAGAAGCCAGCCUUCCAGAAAAGAAAGGAAAUACGCUGUCUCGGGACCUCAUUGACUAUGUUCGCUAUAUGGUGGAGAACCAUGGAGAGGACUAUAAGGCUAUGGCCCGGGACGAGAAGAAUUACUAUCAAGAUACCCCAAAACAGAUUCGAAAUAAGAUCAACGUCUAUAAGCGUUUUUAUCCAGCGGACUGGCAAGCCUUUGUUGAUUCUUUGGAGAAGAAUAAGAUGGAAGUUGAUUGACUGGUUUAUGCCUGCCCCACGUUGAGGCUUCCUUCUGGACCAGAGAAGCUGGAGCCAGGAUUUAAGGCAAGGAGGGGUAUGCAGCUCCAGAUGAGGCUGACCAGACCCCCUGGGAUCAAAAGGUUAUACGCACACAUAAACACAUGCAAUCUUUCUCACACUUUGCUUUGGGGAAGGUACUGUCUCCCGGAGGCUCCGGUUUUGUUCUUCUGGGGGCUCUGGGAAAAGCCAGAACUUGCUGUUCUCAAGAGUGGGUAGUUGGUUGCAUAUAGUCUAUAUACAAUAAAAUACUCUAUUUUA